CAGUGCUUGCCUCGUAGCGGUCAUACUUUCAAAACAAAGAUGGCACAAAACGCUGGGCCAAAACUCUGAGCGCGGUGCCUACAUUGCGCGGGCCUGGUUCCUGGUUCCUCGCCGCUCACUUUCCGAGGAAAUUGGGACUGCGCCGAGUCAGUCCCGUCGGACCGGCGUACGGCAUGAUAGGUACCGACCACCGCCAUUCGGGCUCCCAAGCCGGCGGUGACGUGCGCACUCCUGUAUGUCCAAUCGAUGUUCGCCGUACGCGCCGCACGGCAUCGAAAUCCACGAACAGCCCCCGAGUGGUUCGUUCUCCGCGUAGCGACCGAACGAUGCGAGCUGAUGCAAUAGAGUUUUUGCAGUCGAGUCUAGUCGAGUCGUGUUUGCCGGUCUGGCACAGAUUAUUAAAUUAAACAGCGCCCCUGUGUUUGUCGAUCACUUUGACGGCAACUAACGCGGAAGACAUGACAUCGGGUGGCUGUGCGGGGUCUAGAGCGCCAUCGACCAACCUCUGAAAGUCACUUGACCAGCUUUGAGCCGCUCUGGACCUACAACGACCCGAAC